ACCUGUUGCUAUUCAAUCUAUCUAUUACAGUAAGUUGCUCUGUGAAUUGAGAGAAGACCCGACCAGUUCCAUCAUGAAUAACCUCCAGCUCGGACUGCUUUGCCUUUACGCACUCACUUUUUGUGAGGUCGUGCGUGGUCAGGUGCAAAAAGGUGAGCGUUUUCUCUGCACGGCCGUACCAAUCGGGGCGGAUAGUUGCCCCAUUCCCCCGGAGCAGAUGCAGACGUAUUCCUCGGCACUAGAAGAGGAGCUGCGCAACACCGUCAUGCAGCUUCGCGAGACUAUUGUUCAACAAAAAGAAACAAUCGUUAACCAGCUGGGAACUAUAAAGGAGUUGACUUCAAAGCUAACUUUGUGCGAGACCGCCUCUGAGGACUCAAGUUCAUGGCGGAAAAACAAACUGGACACGAUGGAUGAUGUCCCGAGGGACCCCAAUGAUACCGUUUACAACUUGGGAAAGACCAUGGCAAGUCUCAAAGACCGUCUGGAGAAUUUAGAGCAACAGCAGAUGCGGGCCAACGUGUCGGGGGCCUCCUUCCCCAGCGAGCUGCGGGACCUGCUGCAGCGUCGCCUGGGCGACCUGGAGAGCCAGCUGCUGAAGAAGGUGAACGAGCUGGAGGAGGAGAAGUCCCAGCUCUACAACGAGACGGCCGCCCACCGGGCCCAGACCGAGAACACGCUCAGCGCCCUCAUGAACCGCAUCAAGGAGCUGGAGAAAGGUAACACAGGAAGCUUGUUCCGCUCCCCGGAGAACUUCAAGCUCUCCCUGCCGCUGCGCACCAACUACCUGUUCGGCCGCGUGAAGACCAGCCUGCCCGAGAUGUACGCCUUCACCGUCUGCAUGUGGCUCCGCUCCACCUCCACGCUGGGCAUCGGCACCCCCUUCUCCUACGGCGUGCCCGGCCAGGCCAACGAGAUCGUGCUCAUCGAGUGGAGCAACAACCCCAUCGAGCUGCUCAUCAAUGACAAGGUGGCCCGGCUGCCCUUUUCGCUAAACGACGGGCGGUGGCACCAUAUCUGCAUCACCUGGACCACCAGGGAUGGGCAGUGGGAGGCCUACCAGGACGGGCAGCGAGUGGGCACCGGGGAGAACCUGGCACCAUGGCACCCCAUCAAGCCAGACGGGGUCAUCAUCCUGGGCCAGGAACAGGACAUGGUGGGCGGCCGCUUCGACGCCACACAGGCCUUCGUGGGCGAGAUGAGCCACUUUAACAUCUGGGACCGCGUCCUCAGGCCGCAGGAUGUGCUUGGCAUCGCCAACUGCACCAGCUACCUGCCUGGCAACGUGGUGGCCUGGAGUGACAGCGACGUGGAGGUCUUUGGCGGAGCCACCAAAGCUCCCUCCGAGCAGUGCGAGGACCGACUCUUCAGCUCCUAGUUGGCAAUCCAAUGAAGUAUACUGUACAGUACAUAACGUCCAGGAGGGUAUUCCAAGAACCUGGCUCAGUAUAAACCAGGUUAACUUAACUUUGAGUCAGAUAAUUGAAUGAGAAUUUUCUUAACUAAAGGACAUCUUGGUCUAUCUAGUUUUAUUAGGUUUACCAUUGCCUGUAGGUUAAUUGGUCAUUUUUUUUAUCUUUUGAGGAGAAAAAAAAACAAAGAAUUUUACCUAUAAUAAGAUGUAGGCCUACAUAAUUAAAGAAAUCUUGAAUCUUAAUCGUUAUCACCAAACCAUGUUCUUGGAAUACUCCCUAGGUAACAUUCAGAUUUAUGAAACAGUGACACCCAUGUUGAUAUUUUUACCUCGCUUGCCUGUCUGUCUGUCUGAGGCUUUCACAGCAGUGUGAGGGUUGCCUCCUCUGCUCUUACAGGGCAAUCACACAUUCAUCCACUGCUUUGUUAAUUAUGUAACAUCUACGCAACAUUAGACAUGGUGAAGCAAAUAUUUAUGUUCAUGUGUUUGUUCGGUUGUUUGCUUUCACAGGUCCAAAGCAUG